AUGUCCGCCGGCCCAGCACCACCUAACCCCAACGCCCCCAAAAAGAACCCCCGAGUCAAACAACCCAACGCCUUCCUCCGCCGACCUGGCCUCAUCGUCUCCGGCGUCGCCGUCUUCGGCGCCCUAGCCCUCUACCUCAACAAACCCCCCUCUCCCCGUUCAGAGCCCUUCGUCAGCGCCCGCACCCAAGGCGUCCAAAACAUCGAGAAGGCCUAUACCAACGCUGGAGCAACAGGAACGCACACAAAGGCCUAUGGAGGCACGACGCAGGGUGACAAGGAGAGCGUAUUCCUGAGAGAUCCGCCCAAGGAUAGCAAGGGCUCUGCGGUUGUGAGUGGGGGUUCGGGGAUGAACAAGAAUGAGACGGCGCCGUAUAGUAGGCCGGGAUAUGGAGAUGAUCAGAGAUCGGGGUCGAAGCCGAAGGCGGAGGAGAUAAUCAACUCGGAUGCGUAUGGUUCGAAGGGUGGAAAAUAA